AUGGCAAGUGUGAACGGCCAAGAAGUGACACAGGCCAAUGAGGACCGACGUAGCACUGAAAAGAAACGGCCAACGGUCGAAUUCGGCAAAGUUUAUGAAGAUGGAAUGAUUACAAAUGUUGCAGAUGAGCGGAUGAGAGUCCCGUCAGUCCAAGAGACCACGAGGUACUCUAAUGAUAAGCUCAAGAGUUUGAUUCUACCUGGAGGUAGAGAGUUCCGGUGGUUACCGUCUGGAAAGGGCCGAGGACCGGAUUACAAGAGUCGUUUUGACAGGAUAAAGCAGAUGGAAUUGAAGCAUAACCUGACGGUUUUCAAACUUUAUACACCAAAGUUUGCGUCAACGCUUUCGUUUCUCUGUGGAUUUCUCCUGUUGCUACUGGGACUUUUAUCAUGGUUUCUUUCAAGCUCCGUCUCGAUCGAAGUUCCAUACAAGGAGGGGACUACAGAACCAAUUGAGAUUGAUAUAAAGGAUGGACUCAAGGCACCAGUCUAUCUGUAUUUUAAAAUUAGCGAUUUUCAUGUCACCAACAAAAUGUUGGCCUAUGACUCGGAUAUUCGACUUGUUGCGAGUAGCAAAUGUAAAACAUUCAAGACAUUUAAAGAGAUUCUAGAUUUGAGGUGUAUAAAUGGGAAAAACACGUUGAAUGGUAGAGAUGAGUGGUGUAGGAAUAGGGAUUUACCACUAUUUAAAAAGCCUGCAUAUCCUUGUGGACCAUUGUCAGCUACAAUCAUAACCGACAAUUUUGAAAUUUGUCCUGCUCAAGUUCAGGCACAACAAGAUGGAAAAAUUAGUGACCAAGAUUUGGAAAAGUGCCUAAAAUUAUCGGUUCACCACGUUCCUAUUCUUUGGACCUUUACCUCCUUUAUCGUAAGAAGAGAGAAUCACAAGGACGGAUUCCUAUGGUUGGACACUACAAACCCAUUCUAUCAAUCGUGGUUGCAGCCUCCAUACAACAACACCUUCUUGAAACCCUAUGGCGUGAUAAAUACAGACGUUCCACCCGGCAAGUACAAGGUACACAUCACAAACAACCUUUGGCCAUCGGAAACAUGGAAGGCAAAGAAAGCAAUUUAUAUAAGCUGUGCAAACAUUUGGGGCUCAAGAUCGGUAGUGCUGGAGAUUAUCAUGUUCAUUCUGGGUUCACUGUAUGUUGUCACAGGAAUCAUCAUACUAGUGUUGCACAAGUUGGACUUUAAAUUCAACUACUCUCCAUGGAGAAAGCUCGUCCAGGUCAAGGGUACAGUGGCUAUGCAAGGCGACGAUGACGCUAUAAGGGAGAGUAUGGAAGGCGUUGACGUAAGUCACAUGCCAGUUCCUCCCCCAAGCACAAGAUGUCUGUGUCCGCUACGCCAUUAA